AUGGCAAGAGCAAACAGAAAACAAUUGUGUGAUAGCAAGAAAAUAAAUGCAUCAUCAAGCUCUGCAUCAAAGAAACCAAGCAAGAAAACAAAUUCAGGACGCAACAAAGGUGGCGAUCAAGACGACCAUAUCAUUUAUACCCGAGACAAUGUGAAGCUUAGCAUGUUGCUGCGGAAACUGUUAACAUCUACUGAUGUUGGAAAUCUAGGAAGAAUUUUGCUCCCAAAGAGGGAGGCUGAGGAAAAUCUACCAGACCUUGCAUCCAAAGAGGGAAUGGUCAUAGUAAUGAAAGAGGUUUUAUCAAAUACCGAGUGGAGAAUUAGGUACAGGUACUGGGCGAAUCAGAAGGGUAACAUAUAUCUUUUUGAUCAUUGUUUGGACUUUGUGAAGAAAAAUUCCUUGGAAGAGGGAGAUUUUCUGGAACUUUACGAAGAUGAAGCGAAAAAUCUUUACUUUAUGAUACAGAGGAAGGAAAAAGAUGCAACAGAAUCUUUCAAUUCGCAAGAGGAUGUAGGCGAAAGUUAUCUUUCUAUGAUGUUGGAAACAACUGAAGAGGAAGACUUGUCUUUAAGGAUGCUUGUCGAAGAAUUCAAUGAUAACGACAAAGCCAACACAUUAGGCUCUUUGUAA